CUGGCACCAGAGAAGGGGAGGUUCACAAACCCAAGAUGGCGUCCCGCGAUGAAGCAGGAAAUAUAUCUCGUUUUCAGUAAUAUUCGCGACCGGGGAUGUUUGCUCAGAAGUUGUAUGUUUGAAGAAGGCUGAACCGGAUUUACUGGCGACUAAAGACAGAGCAGAUUCUCUAAAUGGCUGCGAGGAAGUCUGGAUCAGACCUCCACAACAAUGGACCUGUCAGCUACCUUGAUGAUGUUCCUUUCAAGCUCAAUGAGAAGUUUCGCUGCCCAGCUAAAGUGGGUCUGCCCAUAGGUUUCUGCCUGCCCGACUAUAACGCUUUGUUGUCAGAGACGCAGUAUGACUUCAGUCUAGAGAAGCUGAGUGUGCGCUGGGGGGACGACCUGGCCAAGGCACGAGCUUCCGAGGCUCGGGAGGCUGAAUCCAAGCAGGCGGAGUUAGAAAAAGACAGACAGGCUGCCUUACAGGACAGUGAUGCCGGAUUGGCUGGUGGCAAGAAAGCCCGUCCCGCCGAGGAGCAAGACCUCCUCCCACCGGCGCUGAAUCCGGUACUGGCAGGUCUACGGCACAAUGACAUUCUGACCCCACUCCCGGCCCCGAGUUUCGGUCCGGCACAACCAGCAGCCAGCAGUCCUGCGCCUCAGAGCCUCAAUCUGGCAGACUUCGAGCGGGAAGAGGACCCCUUUGACAAGCUCGAGCUGAAAACCCUGGACGACAAAGAGGAGCUUAGGAGCAUCCUCCAAAGCCAGCCGCAGGCUUCAGUGUCUGUCCCGACUACCGAAAGCACAGGUGGCGAUGACGCUGUUGCACCACCUCAGCGAGCCAAAGUUGGCAUCUUCCAUAAACCCAAUGGCCUGGUGGGACUUUUGGACUUGGAGCAGGCAGGCGUUAGUGGCGUGGCGAUCUCCAGAGGACAGAUCGAUGCCGAACGCCCCUGUAACAUUCGCUCACUGACUUUUCCCAAGCUGUCAGACCCAGGAGAUUCCCCGUCAGACCCUCCCCUUACCAUAUAUCCAUCAAUCCCACAGCGAAACUUACCCAAUGGUACUCCACUCUCCCUGGUGAGAACCACACAACAUACCAGUUCUACGCUACCCGCAGAGUUACCGGGCCACGCACCAAAUAGUGCACCAAACGGCACACCAAAGCAGUCGAGCUUCGUUCCUGCGGCUGGUCCUCCUUCAUACCCGGCACCUUUGGGCGGAGCCUUGCUCAGUCUCUCUCCCAAUGAGCGUCAGUGCGUGGAGACUGUAGUAGGCAUGGGCUACUCUUACGAAGGCGUCCUCAAAGCCAUGCAGAGACAAGGGCAGAACGUCGAACAGGUGCUGGACUAUCUCUAUGUCCACAGUCGCCUGUGUGAGCGAGGCUUUGACGCCACAGCGGUGGAAGAGUGUUUGGAAAUGUACCAGUGCUCAGAAGAAAAAGCUCUGCAGUUUCUGCAGCUGAUGACUCGGUUUGGCGAGAUGGGCUUUGAGAGGGACACCAUCAAAGAGGUCCUUUUGGUACACAAUAACGACCAGGACAAAGCUCUAGAGGACUUAAUGGCUCGUGCGGCUGCAAGCUGAACCUGGGCUUGUCUCCUCCUUGAUCCACCCCCCCUUUACUCCUCAACACUGAGUCCACUGAGAAAGUUGAGGGGGGGUGUGAGUAAGAGCAGAAGAGGUAGGGGUGUAGUGAGGGUGUCUGAGACUGGACAAGUGAACCCAUAUCCCUUAAAAAAUAAAUAAAGAAAUAAAAAAAACCAUGUCCUUUAAUAAGGUAGGGUUUGAUUCAUCCGACCUCAGCAAUGACCCUAUUAAGUGAUCUUUGUGUGAUUGUGGGCAACUGAGCCGUCGUACUUCCUCCAUCGCCGUAGAAACUGGCGUGGGGCAGUUCCUAGGACACGGGUCUCAGAGGAGCGCAAGGGGAGCGUGAUUCCACACGAGAUGUACUCACAGCUAAGCGCUGCUACGUCUUUCAUAAGUGUUGAGAACUUUCACUCAUACACAUGCCAUGUCUGAACAGAGACCUUGAAGUGCCCUUUUUUUUGUUCCCAUUAUCGCCUGGCUUUCAUUUGUUUUUCUUCAUCUGUCUCUGCUGUACAUCGUUUUAAUCGUAUGUUCAUCUGUUAAGCUGUUUGACAAACAAAAAAACAAAACCACAAAAAAAACAGCAGUUUUGUUAGAGAUCUGGUUUUAUUGUCCUCUGCUAUAGGAACCGCGGUAACCGAACUAACGACCGCAGUGCAUUGAGAGAAAUGAGACGAGAAAGGAAAAGUGCAGCCGAACAGGUUAACACUGGAAUGGAACAAGGAACUGGAGGAGUGUUCCCGGAAAUGCAAUAUUUAUGCGUGUCGCGGCUUCUACGUGCAAGGCUGAAACGGCACAAAGAACCACAGAUAUUAAUAUAAACGUAUUUAAAUUUGUUCAAGAUACACUGACACCUUCAAUCUGUAAUAAAGACUUGGAAAAUUA